AUGUUCGUGUCUAGACCAUUAUCCGAAUACAUAAGUGUUAAAGGAAAUGAAAUUGUGUUGAGUAACUGUGUAAUGUUAAAUGUACAAAAUGAACUAAUACUUAAUAAUAGUGAACUUGUGAUGGAGGAAUUAACAAAGCCGAAAGUUGAUGAUAUAGUCUCUCAAUGUAAUACUUAUAUUUAUCUUAAAAAUAAUGGUGGAGACUUAGGUGAUAGUUAUUCCAGAAAAGCUAUAUAUAUUAUUCCUAACUCUGAUUUUAUAGAUAAAAUAUAUGUUUCUGCUUCAACAGAAAUAUGUGAGGCUUUGUAUAGGCAUUAUGAAAAAAACACAAAAGACAUGAUUGUUAAAAUAAUCUAA